AAAAAAAGUAACCUAAAUUGCGCCUUUCCCGCUUCCCUUUGCUCUGUCAAAAUCUCCUCAACGAAUUAUUCGGGAAAGUCCGUCGUGUGAUCUUAUUGUUCUUUGCUUUCUUAUAGAUUUCUGUUACAAAAACUUGGUUCUUUCCCCUCACUCUCUCUUCAUGUUGAUGAUGAUGAUCUCUUUCGAUGGUUAAUUAAUAUUUGCCUGUCGAAUAAGGCGUUGAUUUGGUUUCAAUAGGUCACUGAUGGGGUACAAAAUGGUUUAUCGAUCUCUCACGGAAUUGUUCCCACAGAUUGAUGCAAGGAUUUUAAAAGCUGUUGCUAUGGAGCACCCUAAAGAUGCUGACGAGGCUGCAGCUGUUGUUAUUUCGGAGAUUAUUCCCAAGUUUGACCCUAUUUUGGCUGACAACAAUGUAGAUUCCGAGACGGGUGCUUCUUCUUCAGGAAGUAUCCCUCUGCCUCUUGAUGGUGAUCAUCAAACAAGGGUCCCAGUUACGGAGUUGAUAAAUGGUGAUCUUGAUGUUCAGAGCAAAGCAAUGAUUAGCGGAGGAUCGGAUGAGUCUAAAGUGGUUUCCUCAGAUACCCCUGCCUUCCCUCAGGCGGGAACCAAAUUUACUAGCGGUCUUUGGGAAGGUAGUGAUCAAGCAGAGCCAAGCACAAGCGCUGUUUCAAAUCAUACGCUGGUUUGUCCUGCAGCAGACAAUUCCCAAGCCACACAGGAACCAUCUCGUUCAGAUGAUGUAAGAGAGGCUUCAUUGACUGGUGAAAACAGUGAUGCAGAGUUGACAUCAAAUGCUGAUACAGACCUGGAUGGUGCUUUUAGCUCUGUUGUUAGCAGAUCAACCCAGGGAUGCAAGAUUGAUCACCUUGAAAAGAUCAUUGAAGAUGCCAAAAGUAACAAGAGAACCUUGUUCACUGUGAUGGAAUCGAUUAUGAAUCUGAUGAGAGAAGUGGAACUUCAAGAGAAGGAUGCUGAAAAGGUGAAGGAAGAUGCUACUAGAGGAGGCUUUGAUACCCUUCAAAAGGUGGAGAAUCUGAAGAAGAUUCUGGCACAUGCCAAGGAGGGAAAUGACAUGGAUGCUGGAGAAGUCUAUGGAGAGAGGUCAAUUUUGAGUACUGAAGUAAAUGAGCUUGAAAACCGUUUGCUCAACUUAUCAGAAGAACGAGACAAGUCUCUGUCGGUUCUUGAUGAGAUGCGUGGAGUCCUUGAAAUGAGACUAGCGGCAGCUCUUGAGAUUAAAACUGCAGCUGAGCAAGAAAUCCAAGAAAAAGAAGGUUAUGCACGGAAGGCACUCGCUGAACAAGAAGCGAUCAUGGAGGAAGUUGUGCAAGAAUCAAAGCUUCUACAGAAGGAGGCAGAGGAAAACUCCAAGCUGCGAGAGUUCCUUAUGGAUCGUGGUCGAAUCGUUGAUUCCUUACAGGGAGAGAUCUCUGUGAUCUGUCAGGACAUUCGAAUCUUGAAAGAGAAAUUCGACAACAGAGUGCCGUUGAGCCAAUCAGUCACCUCAAGCCAGACGAGUUGUAAACUGGCUUCUUCGGGAUCAUCCAUGAAGAGCUUAUUGCUUGAGAAGCCUCUGGAGCUAUCUUAUGAAACACCUGAAGAAGCCUCUGGCAACAACAAGAGCUCAAAAGCUUCGGUUGACGAAGGAAAAGACGAACGUAAGGAGCUCCUCGAAGAUGGCUGGGACAUUUUUGACAAAGAGACAUAA